AAGAUUAAGCUCCUAUAAAUACCUUAUCAUUGGUUUUUAAGUGGCAUCCAAGUAGCCCAAGUUGAAAUCUAGAGUUAACAGUUCAUAGAUUCAUAAGACUCAUUUUCUGCUCCCGAACAUGAAGCAAAAGAUAGUCAUGAAGGUGCAGCUGAACUCGGAGAAAUGCAGAACCAAGGCCUUGAAGAUUGCUGCGGUUGCCAAAGGUGCGAGCUCGGUGUCCAUAGAAGUAGAGAAAGAGCAUGUGGUGGUUACCGGAGACGGAAUUGAUGCCGUUGACUUGGCUAAAUCAUUGAAGAAGAAGCUUGGCUCUGGCACCAUAGUAAGUGUCGAAGAAUUGAAAAAUCCGGAAGAAAAAACAGCUGAGCAGCCUGAGCCAAUUCAGUGGGCAUCAAGCUAUUUUCACUAUCCACAGUAUCCAGCUGUGCAGUACUACUACGAUGGAUCCUACAGAUGGUAAAUUCAGCAAUUCAAAAUUAAGUGAGUUUGACGACUCAGCAAUUUGUGGCCCGUAGUUUGAAUCGGCUUCCUGCAACAGACCUCAAGAAUCAUGUUGUAUACAUUUGUUUUUUACCGCAGGCCCUCUCAGUGCCAGUGGUUAAAUAACUGUUGUGGAAAGUGUAGUUUCCCCCUUCUUGUAAUUUUACUGUUAGUGUAAAAUUGGCAAUUUCUAAAAAAAUGCCCAAGUCUAUAACGUCUUAGACUAGUGUAUGUUUUUUGUUGAAAUAUUUAAAUCUAAAUUUGUCUUCA